UUACAGCACACCCGAGGCAAGAGAGGAAUUGCGCUUCAUGGCAUCCGCACUGCGACACCGUAUCGCCAUGCAGCGGAUGUCCAGGCGGUUGAUGGACAGGGAGCGGAUGGUCGCGCAAAGCCGCCGACAAGCUCCUGUCGUGCAGAUUCCCGUAAAGCACGAGCCACAAGAACCCAAAGGCUCGAGGGAAUCAACCAUCUCCCGGCUGGAGAAACUGCCGGCGGAACUGAAGACGGAAAUCUGCUCGUAUCUGGACUAUAAAUCUGUCCUGAAUGUUUCGAUGACGAGCAGGCGACUCCACUACGACAUCGGCCCAGCACGGUGCACCUACAACGUCAAGACCGAGUUCCUCCUCCGCGCCCAGGAAUUCAGAAAGCACAGGCCUACAGGGGUGUACGAGUAUAAGGACAGACAAAAGAAGCCCGGCGAGGUCCUGCGCCGGCUGGUCAUGACACCCUCGGGGAGGUAUGGGAACCUGGCGUGUUUCCGCUGCAACGUGGUCUUGGCGGCCGAGGAGUUUUCCCGGCACCAGCGCAGCAGGUCGAGGCUCUCCCGGUUCUGCUUGAAAUGCGGCCGCGCCGCCUCCCUCAAGAACCUAGCGCUCGGCCCGGAGAUGAAGCGGCGCUCUAGGGCUUCUGGAGAGGCCACGGGCGCCAGCGAGUAGACUGGGUGUGGCUCCUAGCAGCGAAGGUCACUCGGCAGUUGGGGGAAACAAGGGGGCUACAGGGAUUGGAGGACGUCGGGGGAGGCGUUGACAUUGCGAUGAUCUUUGGAGUUUAAGCGGGGACAUAUCGUCGACCUGAUAGCAGAUGCGGUGCACAUAUUUCUGGAGUUUUGAGCGGUGGUACUUCUUCUUUCCCAUUUUAGCAGGAUCAUUUAAAAGUAACUUGC